UAUUGCAGAUCAUCAACGCUGUGGUACUGUUGAUUUUAUUGAGCGCCCUGGCUGAUCCGGAUCAGUAUCACUUUUCAAGUUCUGAACUGGGAGCUGACUUUGAGUUUAUGGAUGAUGCCAACAUGUGCAUUGCUAUUGCGAUUUCUCUUCUCAUGAUCCUGAUAUGUGCAAUGGCUACUUACGGGGCAUAUAAGCAACAUGCAGCCUGGAUCAUCCCGUUCUUCUGUUACCAGAUCUUCGAUUUUGCCCUGAACACCUUGGUUGCAAUCACUGUGCUUGUUUAUCCAAACUCCAUUCAGGAAUACAUACGACAGCUGCCUCCUAAUUUUCCCUACAGAGAUGACAUCAUGUCGGUGAAUCCUACCUGUUUGGUCCUUAUUAUUCUUCUGUUUAUUAGCAUUAUCUUGACGUUUAAGGGUUACUUGAUAAGCUGUGUUUGGAAUUGCUACCGAUACAUCAAUGGCAGGAAUUCCUCCGAUGUCCUGGUUUAUGUUACCAGCAACGACACUACGGUGCUGUUACCCCCGUACGAUGAUGCCACCGGGAAUGGCGCUGCCAAGGAGCCACCGCCCCCCUAUGUGUCUGCCUAAGCAGGAGCUGAGAGCAUCAGCUUGGCUUUUCAGAAGUCUGAGCAAUCAUUCUGUUCUUCUACUUUUGAGAUGAGCUCCCUGAGCUGAUUUGUUGCUGAAAUGCUACAUUUUGAAAUUUAGAUGUUAAGUUGAAACCCUCUGUAGUUUUAAACUUAUGCUUUAGCUAGAACACUGUGAUCAGUUAGCAGUAGAAUUCUUUCUGUGGGGUGGAUUGUAACAAGUUUCCCUGGUCUUCCCUUGGCACUGAAACUUCCCCAGAAUUUCGAUGGACUUCGAGUCAGAAAAGUCUGCUUUUGUAUUUGCUGGGCCUGGGCCUUGGGCCAUUAGUCCCACUUUAUCUCUCUGUUCCAUCUUUUGAAAGUGUAAAAUAAAAAUAAAAAUUAGACAAUGCUUUUUUCUUUAAC